UCUUUUGAAAAUUCUGAAUAUCAAUUACUUUAAUUCUGGAAUAGUAUUUCUGCUAUUUAGGUGAAAUAAAAAAAGAUAUCAAAAGUUAGCGCUAUAAUUAAUUUAUCAUGCUGUCAGCGAUCUGCGUAAAAUAUAUUUUGAUCUCAUCUUGUGCCAUUCAAUAAAAUUAAUCAUAUGUAUUUAAACGUAUUUUAAAUAAGCCCGCUUGACUGACAUCAAUAUCUUCUGCUCCGAAAUAACGUCAGCGAACGUGAGCGUGAGGUUAUCGUCUGCGUUCACGCUGAUCGUCGGUGUAUUUACUCAUUCACGCGAUCUUCGUAACUCGCAUCUCGCGAGCUAUCAAUUAAAUAAUAUAUCAAUAAUGUCGUCGGUUUAUCGAGUAGCCGCGUUCAGCAAAUUGUUGAGCAGAUGUGCCUCGUCGUCGAAUUGUCAUAAACUAUUGCCCACAGUGUGUUACGUCAAUAAUGCAAACCAUAAGAUUCACGUGGUCAAGUUUUCUGUGCCUUUGAGUAGAAGUUACUCUACCAAAAGUGAUCAAAAUAAAGCUGCUGCUGACAAGGAAGAUGAAAGUGAAUGUGAAAUUGUGUACAUGGGUCAACAAAACAAAAAUAUCAAAAACAUCAAAAUGAUAUCGCUGUCUACUUCACUCAUGGGAUUAUCAGUACAACCAAUUGUUUACCAAAAAGCAGUUCUAAGUGGCGAAGUAACCAACUUUACCUUACCAAUAUUUGCUCUGCUAGGCCUUUUUGCAUUGGCAACUCCACCACUGUUGAAUUUAAUUACCAAACGAUAUAUAUUGAGCAUUGAGUACUAUCCAAAGAGGGAUAAAUACGUCGCUUCAGUUUAUACCCUGUUUGCCAGACAGAAAAAGAUUGAAUUUACUCCUGAUGAUGUGACUAUUCCUACCGUUCUUGGAAUGUUUACUAAUUGUUGCAUAAAAGGCAAACCCAUGUUUAUGGAUUCAAACUCUUUCUCAGAAGAAAAUCAGAAACAUUAUGUUAGAAUAAUGGGCUAUGAUCAACCACUAGACUUAAAACUAGAUGAAACUAUACCAGACACAAAGAAGAGCUCAGAAAAAACAUAACUCAGAAAUUUUUCAUUUACUGUACACUUUUUAUUAUGAAUAGAUUUUUUAUUACCUUAACAAUAUUUAUUAAUUAAA